UCCACGUCAGCGGAUAUUACAGGCGGGAACACGUCUCAGAUCCCUAUACUCAAAAUUACGAUUCUGUCCUUGCACUUCCAAAACAGUAACUUAUACCUUUCCAUUAAUGCUCCUUUGAUCCUCUCGGAAACUGCUUCAUCUCCUACGUGUCCUCGCCGGAAACCGCCACCUCUCCCACCGCCUUAAACCUAUGUAAAUUCAUCAAUAUAUUAAACCUAUUCUAGAGAGAUUCCACACAGUGUUUGAAUUCAUGAACAAUAUAGAAACAUCAACAUCAACGUCAACUGUACGUUAUUUAAUGACGUUUGUUUUGAUAAGCGUGACGUGAUCCGUUUCAUUCUUCACUGUUAUGAAGUUCCAACGUGUUUUCGCGAGAUUCUUAUCAGUUGUUGGCUUUAUCGACCUCCAUCAGGCUUUAAAUGGAGAAAUGCGACAAUCGUCGGUACCUUUUCAGUUUAACUAGUCUUCAGAUAGGAGAUUUGCAAUCGUAUCUUUCGGAUCUUAGCCUUUUUCUAGCAACUGAUUGCAAGAACUUUUAUGUAUUGGUGGAUAAUAGACCAUGGCUGCAGGACUUGGUGUCACGGCCUGCACACUUGUGGCAGUUAAUGGUUACCAAGUCUCGAAUGUCACCAUUUGCGAUCACAAGAGCACGAAAGGAUGUAACCAACACGCACGAAUCUAAAAAUUUACAAAGAUGGUUUGCAGUGAUUGAUGCUGCAAUACUUUCGAAAAAGAAGGCUUUGCUACCUGUUGAGAAACUCAGAAAUUCCUUGUUUGCGAACAGCAAAUCGCAUAGGAUAUUAUAUGGAUUUAUUGUUUUUGAAGUGGCGUGGAAAGAUGUUCGCGGCAUUAAUUACUUGAAUGAACUUCAGACUGAUACUUCUCUUGCUAUUGAGGCGAAAUACAUGAGAAGAUGGGAAUUCGAUAGUAUAUCUCAAGCUGCUAAAGGCAUAACUUCGUGGUUUCCAGGAACACCGCGUGAGCGGUUUUUAUUGAACGACAAGCUAAACUCUAUGUUAGGUUUGAGAUCUGAAGGGGAUGUGUUUCAUGAUGCUCCAGACUGCAACGAUUCAAACGAUAAAGAUGAAGAUGAUGAUGAUGAUGUUAUUGAUGGACAGACAGAAAUAUUACAUGAUCAAAUGAGUACAAUAGAUGAAGCUAUUCAAUACAGAGACGUGUUGCUAUUGUUUCGUUUCAAUGAUCAUGAUCUUCCAUUUGAACUACAAGAAAUAAUUACGUCAGAUCUUCGAUUGCUUACUUUAUUGGAAGCUGGUCUUCCAUCUUGGGUUAUUUUCUUCCAAUCUUAUCCCGUAUUUUGCCAUAUUUAUCGUCCAUGGAUGUGCCCUCUAGCAAGAGUUUUAUACGUGGCGGUUUCUGUUGUCACAGUUGUCAUCGGGUUUUACGACUUGUACAAAAACAUCCCGCUUCUUAAGGCAGCCGCCGCCCGUCUGUGUGGGCCCCUUUUCGGGUGGAUAGAAACAUGGGAGAUGUUGUCAAGGAUUAAGUACCUAGGAACUAUGUUGUUUUUGCAUAAUUCUGAGAAGGCUUUUAAGUGGUUCUUGAGGAUGUCACGUAGCGUACGAUCAUGUAUUACGGUUAUCACACAGCCGUUAUCCGAACCAUUUAUGGUGUUUCUAGAGGUCCUUCUUCCCAUUUUCCAAGGGUAUAUCCAGAUGGGAGAGUAUCUUUGCUCGUUCAUUUGGAUUCUGAUCACAACUUGUUGGAAUCUAGUGGAUAGUCUAAUCAAAAUCAUACUAUUUCCUGUGUAUUUCAUCGCGUCAACCAUAUGGACGAUCGUGACAUUGAUCUUGUACCCGAUAUUCUGGCUCAUCUGUGGUAUACUUUAUGCUCCAAUUGGCCUUAUUAUCGGACUAUCAAAUUUCGUGGGAUUUAUGUUCAACCAAAUUUAUGAUUUCAUUGGAGACAUAUCACUGUUUCUGAGUGGCUUGUUCAAGUUAGCUUCGGCCGCUGAGUCGUCUGUAGGCAGUCAUGAGGUUUCCAUGUGGCGCACCCUUUGGAAUGAUCUUUUUUCCCAGAUUUUUCGUGCGAUUCGGAGCAUUUUAAGUGGCUUUGUCGCCUUCUUCACAGCUUGCAACAGGCAUCGGCUAAGUAUAUAUAAUCAUGUACAAGAAUUUGUUAGAAGGCUUUAUCAGCCAACUGAGAGAUCAUGCGUAUCGGAUUUCAUCCAAAGAGCAAAGAAACCGGCAGAAUCAAGGGAAAGAAGGAAGCCAUUGCUUAUUAAAAGUAUAAAACAGAGUUAACCAGUUUUUGUACCUAACUAAUUACAGACUAACCAAACAAGCAGUAAACUACAAAUUAAGUAAGCCCUCUUGACGGGUCAAGAAAACCUAUACGGCCAUACGGGCCAGGCCGGUCCGGGCCGGUCUCUUGUUUCAAAGUUUGUAAAUUACAAGGUUUUACAGUUAAUAUACAUGUAUAUGGGUAUUCGAAUCAAUACUUGAUGCACAUGUAUACCAAAGGCCAAUUUCAAUCCGUUUAUGAUUCUAGUGCUUCAAACCGGUAAAACUAAAUAAGAUUCCGAGUGUUGAAAAAAACAACUGGACAAGAUGUUCUUCCAUGUUGCAAUAUCUUGCCUUAUUAUGGAUUCCCAACCGUUUCAAGUGCUCGGCUUUCGGCUUUAGUUGGAUUCACUGGACGUGUUCGCAUCGACACUCUACGAAAUUCACUGAAGGUGAACUGCAUGUUUGCGUGUGUAUUUUUGAGCUUCUCUGUGGUGAUGGUGUAAUUAUCUGCAUCGUAAUUUCGGGGUGUGUAGUUUUCUUUAUUAAUAAAGUGGAAUUGGUUUUAACA